AUGGCUGAGACUGCUGGAAAAGUCCUUGAGGGUGUCUUUGCUAUCAAGAAGCCCAAGAGCUUGUCAUCGGCCCAGGUAUUACGUGAUCUACAGCAAGCCUUCGCAAAAUCGAAGACGUUUGCUCCCCUGCGACAGAAAGCGGACGCUGAACGAGAUGUGUCCCACUCGAAGCGACGCAAAAUUGACACAGACAGUGUCUUCAAGAUGGGACAUGGCGGCACUCUAGACCCCUUGGCGACAGGCGUGCUGAUUGUUGCCAUCGGACGAGGGACCAAGUCCUUGGGCUCGUUUUUGGGCGGAACCAAGACAUAUGAGACGGUCGUCCUAUUUGGCAAGAGCACCGAUACAUAUGAUGUCGCAGGCCGAGUUGUUGCAGACGCUGCCUAUGAGCAGGUCACCAAGAGCUUGGUCGAGGAGAAGAUGGUCAAGUUCAGAGGCGCAAUCAAGCAGGUACCUCCUAUCUACAGCGCGCUGAAGAUCAAUGGAGUCAAAGCAUAUGACUAUGCCAGGAGUGGGAAGGAACUACCUAGGCAGCUAGAGAGUCGUGAUAUGGUCGUCGACGAGUGCGUGCUUGUUGAGUGGUACGAAGGGGGCAAGCACGACUUUCGUUGGCCAGCCGCUGAAGCUUCCGCUGCCGACAAGGCCACCGCAAGGAAGCUCAUGAAGGUUGAAACCCAGACCACAGAUCUCGAACACACGACGGUCGAGGGGUCCACUGUGGAUCAAGCCGAUGCGUCCGAAGCUCUCUCGCCAGAUGCCAAUGUAUCGGCCAAGUCAGCAGAAGUGUCGAAGGACGAGCUCAACAAGAUGGCACCGGCUGAAAAAGCGGCUCUCCAUACCCACGACAUUCCAGAGCUCAGCGACACUCCCGCUGAUGCGCCGGCUGCUCGUAUCAGACUGACCUCCAGUAGCGGGUUCUACGUCCGAUCCUUUGCUCACGAUCUCGGUAUUGCUUGCGGCUCGUAUGGCACGAUGGCCGAACUCACGAGGACGCGCCAGUCCAGCUACACUAUCACAGAUCCUCCACCGGAACAUCACACAUUAUGUUUGACCUACGACGACCUCAGCAAAGGUGAAGACGUAUGGGGACCUAAGAUCACGACAGUAUUGGAGACCUGGAUGGCGAAGAACCCCGUGGUCACAAACGCUGACAAGCCCGAUGAUCGCGAUAGACCCGAAUGGAACAAAUUCCGCGGCAGGGGUAGGGACCGACGCAAUAACUACCGCUCGGGCGACAAACGGAAAUGGCAUGAAAGUCGACCACGGCGAAACAGUUCCUCGCCGGACCUCUGA